UAUAAUAUACAUCCCAAAUCAAAGGCAUCGAGUUAACGAAAAUGGGGUCUGAAACUUCGAUUCACGUCCUCAUGGUGUCUUUUCCAGCUCAGGGACACAUAAACCCUUUGCUUAGACUUGCCAAGUGCCUUGCUGCAAAGGGCUUAUUUCUAACCUUCACCACCGCAGAGAGCGCUGGUAAACACAUGCGAACCGCUAACAAUAUCACUGAGGACUCAGUGAUUCCAGUUGGUGAUGGUUUUCUCAAGUUCCAAUUCUUCGAAGAUGGCAUGGAGGGUGAUGGUACCAAGAAGAUAAGUCUCAGUGAGCACUGUGCACAGCUUGAGCUUGUUGGGAAGCAAUAUGUUUCCCAAGUGAUCAAGAAGCAUGCUGAGGAAAACCAUCCAAUUUCAUGCAUCAUAAACAACCCCUUUGUUCCAUGGGUUUGUGAUGUGGCUGCUCAACAUGCUGUUCCUUCUGCCAUGCUAUGGAUUCAAUCUAGUGCUGUCUUCACCGCUUACUAUAGCUAUUUCCACAAACUGGUAAGUUUCCCUUCAGAUGCAGAUCCUUAUAUUGAUGUUCACUUGCCUUCUGUAGUCCUCAAAUACAAUGAAGUUCCAGAUUUUCUGCAUCCGUUUAGUCCAUAUCCAAUUUUCGGGACACUCAUAUUGGAACAGUUUAAGAACUUGUCCACACCGUUCUGCGUGUUGGUGGAUAGUUUUGAGGAACUAGAGCAUGACUACAUCGAGUAUCUUUCAAAGUUUUUGGUUAUAAGGCCUGUUGGUCCUUUGUUCAAGAUCCCAAAAGAUCCAUCCACAAGAGAUAUACGUGGAGAUUUUAUGAAGAGUGAUGAUUGCAUAGAGUGGCUCAACUCAAGGGCACCAGAAUCAGUGGUGUAUAUCUCCUUUGGGAGUAUAGUGUACUUGCCUCAAGAGCAAGUGAGUGAAAUAGCAUAUGGACUAUUGAACUCUCAUGUCUCAUUUUUGUGGGUGUUAAAGCCACCUCCUAAGGAAUUUGGGGUUUCCCCUCAUGUUCUGCCAAGUGGAUUCCUUGAGGAAACAAGAGAGAAAGGCAAAGUGGUGCAGUGGAGCCCACAAGAGGAAGUGUUGGCUCAUCCUUCAGUGGCAUGUUUUAUGACACAUUGUGGAUGGAACUCUUCGAUGGAAGCACUGAGUUAUGGAGUGCCAAUGUUGACAUUUCCAGCAUGGGGAGAUCAAGUCACAAAUGCAAAGUUCUUGGUGGAUGUGUAUGGUGUGGGGAUUAGAGUGGGUUAUGGGCAGGCUGAGAAGAAAGUGAUAAGCAGAGAUGAGGUGAAGAAGUGCAUAUUGGAAGCAACAAUAGGGCCAAAAGCACAAGAGUUGAAGCAAAACGCUUUCAACUGGAAGAAGGCUGCAGAGGAAGCAGUGUCUGUCGUUGGCUCCUCAGCCAGAAAUCUUAACGCAUUUGUCAAAGAUAUUAAAGAACGUGGAGUUGUUAUUGGCCACGAGAUAUAACUAUAAGGGGACCAUAUUGUUCCUCGAUGAAAAAAAGUACUUUCGUAUAUGUCAUAUCUACGUUGUGGAAUAGAUAAAUUAACAAGUGUGUUUGAUUUAUCGUUUGAAUAUCGUUUAACAGAAUUUUUUCACUUUCCAAGGCAGAAAUGUAGAAGUAAGGAGGAGGUUCAGUUGGAUGGAACGAAAAUCAAAUGUGGUUAGAUGCGUCGUGCAUUGAUAAAUACAGAAGCAAAAUAAAAUGUUUGCAUGGGAACUACCUCCUAUUCCAAUAAUAAAGAUUGUAUCUCUUGAAAGCAUAUUAAAUGUUCUAUAAUCUGUACACUAUCUCUUGAAAGCAUAUUAGACAUUUGGACGACCUAGCUAGCUAUGUUCAAUGGUUGUUGAUUUUUCUGAA